AUGAAGCUUAUCACCAGUGUUGCGCUCUGCGCAAGCGCUGCAAUGGCAUUUGUCAACACGGCCCCUAUGUAUGCCAAUGAGGCAUUCUUCCAGGAUCGCUACCUCACGGAUGUUCAUGAUGUGUCCUCGCAAGUGGACAGCCUCACCAAGGAGUUGUGCUCUGACCUGCAACACCUUCCAUUGGUAAUCGCUCGUGUCAAGAAUCUUUCCAAGGAAUCUCUGGAUUUAGCAAAAGUGUCUACGAAUGUUAGAUAUGAAUCAUCCAAGCAAUUGGACUUAGCAUUGCACUCUUCGUGCCAGGUACAUUACAGUACCAGCCUCCCACAGGAGAUUUCCGCUGGCAACAUCUACGUUGCCGACUUGGAUGACGAGUCAGAAUAUACCCCCAAUGAGCUUCUCGAGAAAGGGGUCAAGAUGAUCGUUCAGGGUAAACCUUCAGGCGCAAAGUCUCGCUCAAUUAUGGCAGGAAUCAAGGGAUACAUGGGUGACUUUCAACAAGGCUGGGCCAAAAGAGAGGAGGAGGAUGCUGAAGAAGAUGUUGCAGCAUACGCGGAGGUUGAGUCUGCUUUCAGAGCCGCUGAGUCCAUGAUUGCUCACGAGGAGGGCGACUCAUUCGUGACUGCUUUGGCUGACGACAAAGAAAUCUCCUCUGGAAUUAAGGAGUCAAAAGUUAACGCUAACACAACCUCGAACCUUUUCACCAAAUAUCAAUUUUUCACCCCAGGGAUCUGGCUGUGCUUGAUUGUUUCCUUGUUCUUGAUAUACGUGUUGAACACAGCGCUUGGAUGGAUCACCUCUAUCCAAGUGACAUACAAGUCAUUCGAAAAGCAGGUCGACUAUGAGAAGAAGACCGAGUAA